GUCUAACUUACAUCUAUGUAUGUUCUAUUACAAUAGGCCACAAUGACGAUAGUGACGAACAUGAGUACAACUACAUCGACGAAGAUGAAAUUAACGACAUGCGACGGGCUGGUGAACAAAAACGUGGCCAGUCAACCGGUAAACCGCUGUCGAACACCCCCAAACCACACACUGCAAACCACAACAACACACGACGGGCUGGUGAACAAAAACGUGGCCAGUUAACCGGUAGACUGCUGCCGGACACCCCAAAACCACACACUGCAAGCCGCAACGACAUGCGACAGGCUGGUGAACAAAAGAGUCGUGGCGGCCAGUCAACCGGUAGACCUCUGCCGAACACCCCACAACCACACACUGCAAUUCGCAACAACACUGGUCUCAUGAAAAACCAGUUGUAUGUACCUGCUGCGUUGCGACAACAGAAACGAAAAGGAGGCAUUCGUCGGCUCCUCAGAAGGUUCAAGAAAAAGCUUCGCCGCCCUUGCGUGGUCCGUUCCAUCAUCGCCAGUGUUGUUUUGGUCGCCAUUGUCGGUGCAGGAGCCUGUGUCGGCAUGUAUGUCCUCUCCAAUGUGGGGAACAAGGCAGAGACUCACCCGCCAUCCAGGAUGUCAACCCCUAACUAUUGGAACGAGUCACGUCCUGGGAAGAACACUCCACCGCGAGCACGCCUUUCGGGAACCACCGCCCUCCCUCCUUUGGCUGGAUUAUCAAAGGCCAUGCAAUUGCCUACAACACCGAAACGUCUCACAGUCUUCGGCAAAGAUCGCGAGAUGACAACUACCCCACCAGAGAUCAAAACCCAACCGCCAAAGGUGACGACUGCACCAGAAGUGGUGACAACUACACCAGAAGCGAUGACGACUACACCAGAAGUGGUGACAACUACACCAGAAGUGAUGACGACUACAACAGAAGUGAUGACCACUCCACCAUCAAUGAUGGGAACUACAUCACCAGAGAUGGCUACUUCAGCACCAAAUUUUCCGCUUCGUGUUGACCCGUGGAAAUGGAACAACUACGGAAAGCAGGAGCCGCCAUUGGCCAAUGGAGGAAGGCCACGUGGGCAGGAGCGGUCAUGGACCAAUGACGAUAGGCCACGUGGGCAGGAGCGGCCAUGGACCAAUGACGAUAGGCCACGUGGGCAGGAGCGGCCACGGACCAAUGACGAUAGGCCACGGACUAAUGAAUGUAAGUCACGUGGGCAAGAGCCGCGAUGGAGCGAUUGGGAACGUGAGAAAGAAUCAUUCUUGGGUAACUUUCUAGGUCUUCUUGGUGGUGCACUCUCAGUCAUCACAGGCCGUAUCAAUAACAUGGGCUGUUGA